AUGAAAAACGUACUAUCAACCCAAUCACUAAAUGUAAACGACGCAAUAGAAUACUUGGAGCUUGUACGCACGGAGUUCAACGAAAAACCGCACAUAUACAUCGAAUUUCUGGACAUUAUGCGAGAGUUCAAAAGUGCUGCAAUCGGCACGGAAGAUGUCAUCGAGCGAGUCACUUUGCUGUUUGGUGACAGAGUUGACAUUAUUCUGGGAUUUAACACAUUUCUUCCGUCCGGAUUUGUGAUUGAAUACUUGCAUGGGGAAAACGGUAGAAACAUUAUUGUCAAGUCACCAAGUGGGCGCCGAGAUUUUAUGCUGCCAAUUUCUGAAAUUCCUACGACAAGUUUGGCGACUACGAGCAACUAUUUUGUCAUGCCCGCGCAAUUAACAACGACAUCUACAGAAAUUCGGCAUCUACCACCAGGAAAUUAUUAUGAAUCAACAUCGUCUCAAAACGCAUCGGAAUAUAUUUCUCGACAACGGCAACAAUAUAUUCCUAAUUCUAUUCCUGUUCCCAUGAAUCAACAUCAACAUAUUCCUGCUCCCAUAGAUAAUCAACAAUCGCAACAGCAUACUCCGACUUUUCAAUUGCAGCAAAAUCAAGUGGGAAGACGAAGUCAAGAACAAAUUUCUUUCAAUGAAGCGAUAGAGUACGUCAAUAAGAUUAAGACACGAUACGCAACAGAACCAGACAUAUACAAAGAAUUCUUGGGAGUGUUACAAGCGUACCAACAUGAGGAAAUCAGUAAUCUAGAAGUUGGCUCACGCAUUCAACGUAUCCUACAAAAAUCUCCCGAUCUGUUGAGUGAAUUCAUAGGUCAAUUUCUCCCUAGUUGUCCAGGUCCCACAAAUUUAACUGCUAAUGAGAAUAAAGCUAACAUGGAAACCAUCGCUUCGGGCUCUAUUAAUGUUUCUGUUUCUUCGGAGCCGUUGGUACAUGUAAUCUCAUCGGAUGCUCUUGCAGUCAAUGAAGUGUUAAAAGUCAGCAACAUUGCGACAGAUAUGAAUUUACCAUCGUCAUCAUCAAUAGUUAAUCUGCCUAAUAUUUACAAUGCAAAGAAACGGAGGAACGAGGAAGAUAAUGUUUCGACUGCAGAAAAGGCGAAGAAAAAGAAGAGCAAAAUUUCUCCCACUCUAAUAACAAAUCCGCCGAUCAUCGUUGCCAAUUCUGUGAUCACCAACGAAGAAUUUACUUUCUUCAAACGAGUAAAAGAAUUUUUAGGUCCAGCAUCACCGGGAUACCAAGAUUUCCUUAAAAUACUCGCUCUAUACUCGCGCCAAAUCUUAAAUGAACAACUUACUAUAGAUAGAAUGAAAAUUAUUUUUGGUGAUGACGGCGGCGAUGAAUUACUUGCUGACUUCAAAAAAAUGAUUCAAUAUAGCGAAAAACAGGAUCCGGAACCUAUUCACAAGUUUUCAGCUAAUGCUUCGCCUGUUGUGAUUUUAGAUCUGGACAAUUGUAAACCUUGUGGACCCAGUUACCGAAUGCUGCCGAAAGAAUAUGAUUUUCAAAAUAUGCUCAGCACGAAUAUGGAUGAAGUAGCACGCGAAGUAUUGAAUGAUAAAUGGGUGUCCUAUCCAAAGUGUGAAAGUGAAGAGCAACACAUAGCACAAAGGAGGAAUGUCUAUGCAGAAGCGAUGAAUCAAUGCGAAGAAGAAAGAUACGAAUUCGAUUUAUUCAUGGAAUCGCUUUCACUCACUAUCAAAACGCUUGAGCCGAUCAAAAGAAAAAUCAGCACGAUGACUCCACAAGAGAAGUUCAUGUUUAAACUUCAGCCCGGAUUAGGUGGCAAAUCUUUUGUUUAUCAACGGGUAAUUAAAAAAUUGUAUGAUGGCGAGCGUUGUAAUGAGGUGUUGGAUGCGUUGUAUCAGAAUCCUGCGAUGGCGGUGCCUGUUAUAUUAAGACGGUUGAAGCAGAAACAUGAAGAGUGGAGGAAAGCACAAAUAAAUUGGAACAAAAUUUGGCGCGAAAUCAACCACAAGAAUUAUUACAAAUCGCUCGACUUUCAAGGCAACACUUUCAAAUACGAAGACAAAAAGAAAACACUCAACACCAAAACUAUGUUGAACGAAAUCGAGCAGUUAUAUCAACAAUCGAAAAUCAAUGAUACAUUUCAAAAGUGCCAGUAUAAAUACACAUUUAAUGAUCCCGAAGUGUUACGUGAUGCCGUUACACUUUUGCGCAUUUAUUUAUAUGAAUCUGAAAGAUAUGAUGUGGGACAGUGUAAAGCUUACUGUGAUUUUGUUAAGUCAUUGAUUUCGAAUCUGUUUGGUCUUCCAUCAGAAUUUUUUGUUGGUCAUCGCGUUAGUAACGAAUAUUGGACAAGAAUAGGCGACGGUGCCUCAUUGCCGGAAAUCGAUAGUGAUAGGAUAUGGACGCAGAUUUCUGAUAGCUCGCGUGAUCAGAUGAUUUUGGCUGAUUCUAGAAUUGGUGAUCGACCAAAAUGCUUUUUUGGAAAUAACUAUUUUUAUUAUUUUAUGAGACUUUUUCAGGUUUUAUACAGUCGUUUGGAGACACUAAAGAAUCUACCACGACCGAUUCGAAAUGAUAUUCCAGAUCAUAUCCCACACGCUGUGAUAAUGGGUCUACGAAAAUGCGAUUCAAAAUUAAGUGAGAAUCCAUAUGAAGAAUUACUGGACCUCAUUAUAAAGUAUCUCAAAUCUUCGAAAGAAACGACAACCAUUCAAUUUGAAGAAUGUGUGUAUAGGAUAUUUCCGACGAAGGGAUAUGUUAUGUUUACUAUCAAAAAAUUACUUCAGAGUAUCGUUAAAGAGAUACAGAAUAUUGAGCAGUCUAAAAGCAGUAACGAAUUGUGGGCACUUUACAAAAAACAUAAAGACACUAAUAUUGAUAACGAUAACUAUGAUUUUGUUGGAAAAACUCGCUCAUUAUUAAAAUACCAGAUAUAUGCCAGAGAGAUAAUUGGCGAUAGUGAUCAUAUGUUUCGGAUUGAAUGUCAUAAAAAAGUGGUCUCAAUAGCGUUUUGUGGUUUUUCUUCAUUAAUACUCGAAGAGGAUUGGUCAAACUACCUUUAUAGUUAUGUAAGUGUAACCACAACAGAAGGUGUAGAUUUACGGAAUUUGAAAAUGCCGUUUCUAAGAAGAAACUUUCUAAAACUCGGAUACACUAAUGUCAAAAAACCCACCAAAUGGCAAAAGAAUAAUUUGGAACUAUCGAUUAGCCGAGAAUCAUCAAAGAUAAUUUUCAUCGAUGGUUCAGAGGACUGUUUUGUGUCCCCGAAUUUCGGAUACGAUGAAAAGACUGUGACAGCUGUCAAAUUUUCCCGAAAUAAGAGAACAGAUACUUGGCGUACAUGGUUGUCGGUGGUAAAUUCUAACAUUAUUGAUGGUUAA